AUGAGGAGAAUUGCAAAAGAACCUACUUUAGAAGAUCAAUUGAAAUCAAUGGGGGUACAAAUGUGGCACCCAGAUUUCAAGCCUGAAGAAGACUCACCAAUGGCUCCUAUUUGGGUACUUCUGCCUAAACUUCCUUUUCACUGUCACACAUGGCACUAUGUAAAACAAAUUCUAUCUCCAAUAGGAAUCCCUCUUAUUAUGGAUAAUGCUACAACCAAUAGGACUCGACCAAGUAUGGCUAAGGUCCGAGUAGAAGUUGAUUUGACUAAGCCUCGCAUAGAUAAAAUAUGGGUAGGUUUAGAGGAUGAAUCCCAUCCUCUCAAAGGUUUUUAUCAAAAAGUUGAAUAUGAAAGUGUUCCUAAGUUUUGUACUCAUUGCAAAAAACUAGGACAUUCUUUAGUUCAAUGCAGAUUUGCAAAGAAGAAAAAUGAUGAUAAUAAGAAUGAAAUGAUCCAGGAAGGUGUUGAUCAAGCUGUGACUAGUGAGAAUAAUGACAGUGAGGAGAAAGAAAAAGUGGAAAAGAAAAAUGACACUAAACAGGUUGAGGAAAAAGCUGAAAAGAAGCAGUUGAAAAAUGGAGAAAAGGAGAAACAGAAUCAGGUCAAUAAUGAUAAUAUUGAUCAUGAUACCAAUCAACUCCUUAAUAAAGACACUGUCUCUGCUGAUGAAGUUGAAAAUCAGGAAAGAGAUGUCAAUCAGGAAAGGAACUCUCUAGGGGAGGAUGACAACAUAUCAGAGGAACAUCAAGAAAUACCUAGAGAACAUCAGAUUCACAAAACUGUGGUAGUGAUCACCACCAAUGACAAGGAGGAGAGCAGUAACAAAGAUUUAACUGAUGACACUGGGCAGUUUGAAGAAGAGGAAGAACAGGGGCAAAGCAAUGAGAACACCAUAUCUGAGGAUCUUGUUCCAGGAGAAAGCCAAAUGAAAAUGAUGCAGAAGAAACAAAUGAACUCUGGUACGUAA